CGGACGAUGCUACUCGGGACUUUAGCACACCAACACCUCCGUGCGAGCGUGAGGGAGGUGUGGGGGUGAAUCCCGGAGGAGGUGUCAAUCCUAGCGCUGCUCAGUGACCAUCGCGGCGCCACCCAAGUAACACCUCAGUCUCUCCGCGGGCAAACCGGGCCUUGAGCCCGACGCGACCACAUAUUUCUUACACUAAAUAUUAUUGUAACAGUGUUGUUUAUAUUUCUCUAGCAAUCGCAUCGUUCUACCGGCUAAAUAUUUAUCGAUAUAUAAAUAUAUAUGUAAGUCGACAGAGUAUUCAUUUUUUUUACUACACCAGUGGACAGUGUUAUUAUAUUUUGAAUAUGUAAUACAUAUGUAUAUACAUAUUUAUUCAUUUAAAUGUGACAUAAGUUGACGAUUGGUUUAUUUGUGAGAGCAUAGUGAAUAAUAAAAGUUGGACGGGUUUUUAUGUCGAGCCACGACGAGAGUGGCGUUGCGUUUGUCGCCCGUCGGACGCUGACAGCCAGCUUUUUUUUUCAUUAAUUUAUCGUUGAAACUAAUUCAAAAAUAGUGAGUGAAUAUUUAAAAUAUCUAAAGGAUAAUAAAAAAAAUGCCCAUUAAAAUGUAGAGAAAUAAAAUAGAUAAUAUUUUGUUAUUUUUUAAUUAGUAUUAUUGUUAAAUUGCUUUGUGAAAGUAUUUAAUCAAGUGUACGAUGAUAUUUUUUUAAAAUUUACCAACGUGUUCGUGUCUUUGGUUAAUUAUUCAUUUGACAGAUGACAUUGACAGAAAUAUACAUUUGCCGGAUUAAAUUGUAAAUCACGAACGGCUUAUAUAUACAUACACAUAUUAAUUAAUUUAUUUGAAUUGAGGAUUAAAUAAAAUAAUAAAUAUUAAAGUGUCAGUGUAUCGCAAAAUCAUCAGUGAUUGUUUUAAUGAAAAUAAACAACAAAUAGUGAAUUUGUCAAGUGACUUAUUUUACGUGGUGUGACAAAUCAAUAGCACAUUUAAAUAAAUUAUUUUAAAAUGUUUAUAUUGCGUUUGAAUUUAAUGCGAGUGUAUAUAAAUGAGAUAAAAAUAAAACGCGCGCGAUGUCGCGUGUUAAGAUAUGGAAUAUAGUUUCGUGAGCUUUUGCUAAAUAAACAACAAAAAAUAUAUAUAUGUAUAUAACUAUAUACAUGUAAAUGUUGUGUAUUGUAAAAAAAAAAUGCCAAAUUAAUUUAUCGGGAAUUAAAAAUUAAUUGCGAAGUAUAACCGAUAGCGAGAUAUAAAAAAAAGUAAAAUUAAAACAAGUGCGUUUGUUUUUUUAGGGAAUAGAUUGAGUCACUCGAAGAGUAAUCUCGCGCGACUCUGUUAAUUCGCCCCAUCUCGAUGAGAUUCGAACAAGACACGACGUGCAGGGGUACCCACUGCGCCAGCACUCCAUUACAGGCACCCCAAAAAAUAAGAUCCAAAGAAGAGGUGGAGGUAGUGGACGGUAUCUUGUCGGCGAAGCAGGAUAACGCCGGCGUGUUGUUAUUAGAUCAUCAACAUCAUCAUCAUCGUUACAAUAAUCACAAUCAUCAUCAUAAUCUCUCGAAUCCUACUCCGAAUCAUCAACAUCAGAUUAGAAGAAGAGAAUUUGAAUUGGAGGUAAAUAACACACUCGAGAGUGCUAAUACGGGACUUAGGGGGGUGGGGGCUGGAGGGCCUGGGAUGGCGUAUCCUGCAUCAGCAGCCGCGCCGACACUUAAUCAGCACUCGCCAUUCUCAACAAUAAAUAAUUCGGCGAGCGGCAACGGCAACGGGCAUCUCUCAUCCAGUCACUUACCGGCACCAGCGGCACCUCGGCCUACUGAUUUUAGUGUAUCCUCAUUGCUUACUGCAGCAAAUACCCAUCCAUCACAUCUUGGUGGUUCUUCCUCUCAAGGAAGUGCCUCCCCACCACCCGGAGGACCUGGAAGUCCAGCUGCUGCACCUGAAACACCUCCACCGCAUAAUAAUAAUAAUAAUAACAAUCAUCCGCAACGUGAUCAAAUAGGACAUCCGUCGUCAGCAGAAGCUGCUGCAGCUAAUUAUUUUAACGCCUUGGCUGCCGCGGGUUUUUGCAAUCCGAGUAGUGUACAUUUGUCUCAUAACGCGUCUCCUGGUAAUCCACAUCAUCUGUCGUCGAAAGGACUACUUGGUAGUCCACAUCAUCAUCCUCAGUUUAAUCUACACGGACUUACACCUCAAGGUUUAGGUCUCGGACCUCAUACACCAGAGGAAGCAAACGCAGCAGUUCUGGCAGCAGCAGCAGCAGCGCUUCAUCAUCAUCACCAAGGCAGCCCAGGUGGCCCAACUAUGAGGCCGUUGAGGCUGCCUCUUCCACCGGGCAUGAUGCACUCAUCGCCGCUUCCUUUGGCACCUCAUCAUCCUCUUGCCGCUCCUCAUCAUUUUGUACCUCCUCAUCAUCCCGAAGAGGAUGGUGUUGUUGAUGAUCCCAAGGUUACAUUAGAGGGUAAAGAUCUCUGGGAAAAAUUCCAUAAACUCGGCACUGAGAUGGUCAUUACCAAGAGUGGCAGACGCAUGUUUCCCGCUUAUAAAGUGAGGGUGUCCGGUUUAGACAAACAGGCUAGCUACAUACUUCUGAUGGACAUCGCGGCAUCCGACGAGUGCCGAUAUAAAUUUCACAACAGUAGGUGGAUGGUAGCCGGAAAAGCGGAUCCUGAAAUGCCGAAGAGGAUGUAUAUACACCCAGACUCACCAAGUAGCGGAGAACAGUGGAUGCAAAAAGUCGUGAGCUUCCAUAAACUCAAAUUAACCAACAACAUGAGCGAUAAGCACGGCUAUGUAAGUACUACGAUAUUAAAUUCAAUGCAUAAAUAUCAACCGAGGUUUCAUCUUGUACGAGCGAAUGAUGUCCUGAAAUUACCGUGUUCAACGUUUAGAACUUACGUCUUUAAAGAAACCGAAUUUAUCGCCGUUACAGCCUACCAAAAUGAGAAAAUAACACAGUUGAAAAUCGACAACAAUCCAUUUGCCAAAGGAUUUAGAGAUACCGGAGCUGGUAAAAGAGAAAAAAAAAGACAGGCGAUGUUGACUGUUUCUGGAGGCACUUCCCGAUUAGCGUCAGGCGCACCAGCAUCACCAGAGAAACGUAGAUCGUCAAAUUCAGUAAAUGAUAUGUUAGAUGAUGAUGACAAACUACUAGACGUAGUGGGACCUGAUACACCACAUCCGGCGCAACAUCAUCGGGAACGUGAACACUCGAGGGAACGAGACGAUAGAAUGAGUGAACGUGGAGAAGGCAGUGAGUCUUCGGGCUCAGAAAGUGGUGGAAUACCUGGUGGACCAACUUCUGAAGGUCCAAGGCCAGAUGUAUCAGUUGGACCACCUGUACUUCAUCCACCUUUGUUACCGUACUUUUAUCCACCAGUACCUGGUCUUUAUCAUGGACAUAGCCCACUGCUACCACCAAAUCCAUUAGGACUUCAUGGUGGUGUAACACCAGGAAUGCUACUCAAUGCUCAGCUUGCUUUGGCAGCCAGUCAACAUACAGCUUUAUUCGGUCAUUAUCCACAUCCUCUUUCGAGUCCACUUCAUCAGCUUAAAGGACACCGAUUUGCGCCUUACACUUUACCUGCUCCAUCACAUGGUUCGGCUUUUGAAACAGUAACACCCGGAAGUCGAACUCUCAGUCCCAGAUCACCUCCACCAAGACCACCAACUGGAUCUCCAACUCCUGGUACGGGUGGUGGGCAUGCAACUGCUAAUAGUGGAUCAGCUUCAGCUACUGGAGAACUUAAAUCAAUUGAAAAUAUGGUCAAUGGACUUCAAGAGAGACGUAGCAGUAGUAGCAUUAAAAAAAGAUCAAGUCCAAGUUUGACGCCUGGGCAUCGGAAUGAAGCCGAUGGUGGUGGAGGGAGUCCGUGACAUGAAAAUGAGCCUGUCACUAGUACCAAGGUAGAUACUGAGGAUGAGGAUCUAGAUAUAACCAGCGGUGAUGAGUCUGUUGAUGAACAGGAACUCGAGCCAGAUUCCACAUCAAACCCUUCGUAGCCGAGAUUAUCCGUUAAUGUUCUUAUAAGCGAGACGUCUUCAGACAAUUUAUUAUUGUCUAAUAUCAACACUAAUGACGACUUGUUGCUUUAGUCUCAAUGAGGUUAUUAAUAACAAAAAUAAUAAUACGGCCACGAUUACAAGGAUGUGGGAAUCAUAUAAAGUGCAAUUUUUUGAGUGUUACAAGUAUUUUCGACUAACGGCGAUGUGUUUGCGUGAUGUAAUUAAAUUUUAGACUUUACGAAUUUAAAAAAAAAAAGAAAAACGAGAAUUGUAAAGAAAAAAAAAGUAAUAAGUUGAGAAAUAUUUAUUUUCUCUUGUGACGUGUGUAAAUAUAGUUGAUAUAUAUAAUAUGCCUGUACUGGAAUUAUUACGAGAUGGAAUCAGUUAAUAGUGCUGUGGACACUUAUUAAUAAAAUGACGAUCUAUUUAGUGAUAUAUAUAAAUAUAUAUUAUAUUAUAUUAUGUAAUCGGUGCCAGAGCAGUUAAAUCUUUGUACAUUUAAUCAAAUAAUAACAAUGACCGCGUUACGUGAAAAAUUAUAAAUAUUCAGGAGAAGAGGAGCCGCAAAUAUUGCCUGCGAAUACUUUUAGGACUUAAGAAAAAUUACAUAAUGAUCUUUAUCUAUGAGUAAAUAUUGCAAUAUAAAAUAAAAAAAAAGUAAAAAAAAAAAAAUGUUUUAAAAUAACAUGAGCACCUCUACUCUUUGCAGACCCAACUGUAAAUAUGUACCCUAGCGAUAUAUUAAUAUUAUAUUAUAUAAUUAUAUAAAUAUAUUAUAAAUACAACUACCCCCUUCAUAUUAAUUAUUGAGUAUAAUAAGUAUAAUAAUAAAUAAAAUUAGUGCUACAGGAAACAAAUCAAUGUGUUGAACACUCACGCUGUUCCCACCAUAAAAAAAAAAAUAAUUAUUUGCGCCGUAACAUAAAAAGUACUCAAAAUAUGUGAUCGACUGUUAAUUUUGUUCAACGAGAUUCAAUUAUCUCAAAAUAUUUUUUUUUCCUCAGGAAUAUUUUUAUAAUUGUUAUUGAUUAAAAUAUAUGAGUGUGAAUGUAGCGGAUAUGAGACAAAUUUUAAAUUACAAAUAAACGAAUUAAACAAUUAACAAAAUAAAUAAAAAAAAAUGCGCAUACUGAUUUUGAAAUUCUAUAAAUGUGCGUUUUUUAAAUUUUAUUCCAUUUAAAUUUAAUUCUCUUAUUUCAAAAUUUUUUAAAUUAGCAAUUAUCAGCUACAAUCACACUCGUACUUAAAUAUGGUCAAAGGAAUUGGUUACGUUAUAAUCAUUACAGAUAAAAUAUUUUAAAUGUUUAUAAAUUUAUAUUUUCGGUACUUACUACAAAAAUUUAUUUCAAAUUUUUUUUUUUUUUAUAAAAUUUCCACUCAAAAAAUUUCACAUUCGAUAGAUUAGUUCCUUUUUAUGUUUACCUGUUCAAACUAAAUAUUUAUUUAUUUAAAAAAUUCAGAUUUUUUUUUAUGAGUGCAAAAAAAAAAUAAUCAAAUUGAUUGAUUAAUUUGUUUUUGAUAAACUUGUAUAAUAUAAAUAUAAAUGUAGAUAAUUAUGAUGUGCGUAAUUGAAUGAAUAAAAUAGCAAGAGAAUAAUUCAAAGCAUCGCAUGAAAAUACAAUAAAAUGUAAAUGGUGAUUAAUAAAUAAAUAAAUAAAUAAAAAGUCGCAUUAAUAUUUAAAACAUUUAUUAUAUUACUACUAAUAAUAAUAAUAUUAAUAAUAACUAUAAUUAUAAUAAUAAUAGAUGUAAUAAUGAUAUAUUAAUAAUAAUAGUAAUAAUAAAUUUAAAAAAUUAGAUGCAAGUGUUCCUUCAUUGUUUAUAUAAAUAUCAAUCUUAUUAGAUAAUGUCAAAAAUAAACAUCACUUUUAAUGCUUAAACAAUUUUAUUGACUUAUAAUUAAAUAUGUGGAGAAUAAAUAUAAAUAUUACAGCCGUAAAAUAUAUUAAAUCUAACUGCAUUAAUGACCUCUUUACAAUUUUUACAUAUUCAAAUAAUGCAGUUUUUUACUUGUGAUAGUUGUGAGUGGAAACGAAAAAAAAAAGUAUGAUCCUGAAGUUAGCCGACAAUUCAAAAUUUUCGGAUUAUUUUAUUUUUCAACAAAUUAAUUACAAAAAAAAAAAAAAAACUUAAAAUAUGCGUAUGUAGAAAAUUAAAAAAGUAAUAGGUGCAAUUUUUUAUAUAUAUAUAUAUUAUUUUUCAAUAAUUAAUCGUUUUUAGAAAAAUUUAAAAAUCAUUAGACGUUGGCUAACUUUCGUAUCAUAAAAAGUAAAUGAAAAUAAUAAAUUUUAUUAAAUAAUUUUACUCCAAUAAUUUUAUAUUUUGUUCAAAAUUUUUAGCCGAAAAAAUUUGGAGUAAAAUAUUUGUUAUUAUUUGUUUUUAAAAUGAAAAUAAAAAAAAAUUAUCAGUAGUAUUGACCAAUAGAUCAAUAAAUUUUUCUAAUGUCUGUUAUAAAAUAUAGACCAAGAUAAAAUAUGAAUCUCAUGUACGAACAAAAUGUCGAUCAGUUAACAAUGAAAAUGACAAAUGUGAAAUAUUAAAAAUUUAUUAAAAUAAAAAAGAAAAGUAUUGACUUUUUAAAUUGUAAUUAGAUAAUGGCGCUUUUAAAAUUUGCGGAAGCUCAUUUAAGGGGAAGAAAAAAAAGCAAUAACAAAAAGGUCAUUAUAUUGAUCAUUAUUUCCCGAAUCAUUAUUAUUCCUACGGUAUGUAUUGUAUAUUGUACACCUAUAGAAAAAAGUCAACCUUUCCCGUUCCUUUUUUCCCUAAACCAUGAAAACUUCC